CCCUGCUCUACUCUACACACAAUUAUUAAAAGCAAAAAUAGAAAAAACUAUAGUUAUAUACAUAAUAAGUUACCUCGAAGGGCAAGCCAAAUAGAACCCUACAACCUCGAAAUAGAAAAAUCUUUUAGUCAGAUUCACCCAUCCGUGCAGAGAUAUAAACAAUACAACAAAAUUAAAAAAAAUAAUAAUAAUAAAAACCCCAAACUCACAGAAAUAAAUAAAAAUAAAGAAAUAGAAAUAGGACCAAGUUGAGUGACCAUCAUAUCUCCUAUCUCUCUUCAAGAACUGCCCUAACCAAAAACGAUAACUCUCCCAUCUCUCCCUGUCUCUCUCUCUCUUUUUAUCUUCAAAAAGAGACACCAGAACAAGAGCUCUUAAUUCUUACACAUAUAGAGAGAGAGAGAGAAAAAAAAAAAAAAAAAAGAAACAAAGAGAGUAAAGACAGAGACUUUAUUGAAGAAAAUGAAACUAUCAACAAAACCCAUAUCAAGUCCGGGUCGGGCAGAGAAGUAUCCACCACCAUUGAUGAGGUUUCUGAGAAGCAAUGUUGGUAGCAGAAGCAGAGGAAGGUCACGUUCAAGUCCUAUGUUUGUUAGAAAAAAGAACGCAGCUAUUGAAACCCAAGAACCCACUUCUCCAAAAGUCACUUGCAUGGGUCAGGUUAGAGUCAAGCGUUCUAAACAACCCAAGAACCGAACUGGAACCGGUAAAAAUAAAAGCCGAUGUAAAUGGAUCAAGAACGCACUGUUUUGCCGCCAUUUUAGUAAGAAAUUACUCAAGCCUAAAUGCUCGAGACCCUCUUUGCGUAAAUGGGUAUUGUUCUUUCAUGUUGGUUUUAGAAGAAAAAGCAAGACCAGAGAAGAUUGUGAAAAGAUUGAACCAAAAUUUAGUAACACGAGUCAAGAUUUAGAUCAAGAAAGUGUAGAAGUAGAAGAAGAUGAAGAAGAAAAAAAUGAAGCUAAAGUUUAUGUUUCUACAGCCAUUACACCACCAAGGAAUGCUCUGUUGUUAACAAGAAGCAGAUCUGCACCUUAUAGAUCUUCAUCUUUAGCUAGUAGAUUUUGGGGGUCACCUCUAAGUAGUAAAGAAACAGAGAAAAAAGAGCGCACAGAGCAACACAGCACAGAAGAAGAAGAAGAAGAUGAAGAAGAUGAAGAUGAUAGUACAACUUCAAAAAGGGAGUUGCUUUGUAAAGAACCUGAUCAAGAAUCAAGAUUACAUCAAGAAACUGAAGAAAAGACUAGUUUUUCCAAAGACUUUGAAGGUCCAAUUACUUCAGUUAGAGAAAGAAUUUCAAGAAUUGAAGAAUUUAAAAGAGAGGAAGAUGGCACUGUACAUCCUUUGAUACUCACAAGGUGUAAAUCAGAACCAGCAAGAAUUGCUGAGAAGCUUGAUCCAGAGAUUAGUUUCUGGAAGAAGAGAAGGGACACCAUUUCUUAUACUUCUUCAGGACCACAUUGGUUUCAUAAACUUCUUAGCAGCAGCCCGUCAUUCAUUUCUCACUAGAUAAGAAUCUUGGGGUCGAGAUUUUCUCUUAAACCAAACUCAUUGAUGUUGUUUUACUUGGAAAGAUUUGGGCAGAGGAGGGAGAGAAUUUUGUUACAGAUAAAGGGUGGCAAUUAGAAAGGAAGAGAAAGGACUAUUCUGUUCUAUUGCUUGGAUCCAUUGCUUGCAAAAACAGAAAAAACAAUAAACAUUUUGGAACUUGAA